CUCAGUUGGUGUCUGGUGUUUGUACAGUGUUAACCAAUGGCGAGUAUUUCUCCGUCCUCUUAUGUAGACAAAGGAUAUAUUCAGGCAACCAUUAUCAGCAAUAUGGUCUUGUAAUACUAAAACGUCAUGAAGGGAGGCAGCACUGACACCCACAAUGCAGAUUCACAGGAUGAGGUUGUGGAACGUGUCAAGGCCCGCCUCCAGGAGGAAGGAAGGGAGGCUCGCAACCUUGUGGCGUACUCGCUACUCCUUCAGGACCCACCACACACCGAGUCUGCAGUUGUCCGCCACCGAGAAGUGAGGCGAGUGGCAGAGAUGGCUCCACGGCGGGGUUCCAAGCAGGACAAACGGCCAAGGUCGGCAUCAGCAGGACGUGAUCCACAGGCUAGUUUACGCGCUCGCCACUGGGGUUUUCUUUUCCGGAAUUUGCAGCAAGCGGUGGAUGAGAUAUAUCAAACGUGUGAGGAUGAUGAAAGUAUUGUGGAGUGCAAGGAAGCCAUCAUGAUGUUGGAACGCUACAGCAACGACUUUCAUAAAUUGAUAGAAUGGUUAAAGUUGAAGUGGGAAUACGAGCACACACCUCCCCCUCAGCGACCCAACUCCUUAACGUGGGAAAUUCGUACAUCUUCUCCUGGGAAGGCUUUGCAGCACGAUCGCAAGAUUUUGACUCCCAGUGAUGUAAGAAGAGCACUCACAUUUGACACUAAACAACAACAACGUCCGGGUCUUAUGAACGGUGUUUCCCACGAGAAGAAAACCGGCGACAAGUUCCAGACGUCUAAACAUGAUGUAUUGGCGAGUGAUAUGAGAAUGUUAUCGGGAGUAACCACACCGCCUAAGCCAGUCAUUAUUGUACAUGAGGCAAGUAUAGAUGAACAACAAGAGGAUAAUUCUCAGUUAUCAGGUAUUGCUAAGAAUAAAGAAGCCAAAAAAAUAGAGAGAGUCUUAGAAAAGGUUAAUGAAUGUGAGGGAAAUGAGACCAGUGAAGUAAAUGAAGUCAUGAACUGUGAUGAAGAAAAUAAGGAACAAAAAGAAGAAAAUAGUGCAAGUGAAAAUAUAAAAAUAACAGACAUUUGUGUUAAGAAUGGGAAGCUUAUAGAGGCGAUGGAAGACAAUACGUCAUCUGAAGACGGAAAAGUGAAACCAGCGUUAAGUAAUAAUGACAAAGAUGAGCGUGAAUCUCUGACAGUAGUGAAUGAGGAUGGUGUGUGUCAGGACAAAGCAACGAGUUCUUGUAAACCAAAUAUUUGUGUGGAAAACUCUGAAGACCCUUUGAAGACGAACGGUGAAAAGGAACCGAGUACUCAUGUUAGAAAUGCAGACAGUCCAAAGUCCAAGGAGACUAAAUCUUUACGAAGCAAUGUUGCAUCGGGAGCCACAAAACCAAAAGAUAAUAACAUACACAAUAAGGUGAAUGAUCCUUCUUGUAAAGCAACAGAAGUGAAAGAGUGCGACAUAAAGACAAGUGAGAGUGGAGAAGCAAAACGUUCGUGUGCAGAAAUUUUGCAGGGAAGAAAUUCAUCGCAGAAACCUGGACCAACCGUAAAUAUGAACAAAGCAUCACAAGUGCGCCAGGCUUACAACCAAAACAGGACCCCACAGAAACAGCACAGAUCCAUGAGCGCCAACAGCCGACAGUCUUCUGUUCCCAGAUCAAUUGACAUCAAGGCAAAUAUAACCAAACAGCAGGGUGCUGGUGGGAAACUAACUUACCGAAGAGUGGGUGAAGGUAAAGCAACACCAAGUCCCCCACUGAUAAGAAGGCAGACAUUGGAUCCUGCUCGUAGCAGUGGUGGAUCCAGACACUCGGCACCUAAUGCCAUCACCAGAUCAUACUCUUCACUGGGCAUAACGAGUAGAGGUUUGGUUCGUGGCAACAGCAACCUCACAGACUCACGCAUGAGCAAAGGCUAUGGGAGCAACUCAUGGACAAAUAGUAGCAGAGGAAAUCAGGAGAGAACAGCCUCCACUUCUUCACUCUCCAGCAGCACGUCAUCAAGUGGGCAGUCAUGGGCAGAUAAAGUGCGUGGUGCCCCAUUAUCUCUCCAGUCAUCUCAGCUAUCUCUCCAAGAUGAUGGCGAGGGGUGGGAAGUUGUUCGACGAGGGAGGCGAAGCCAUGGGGGCAGUACAGCGUCUCUGAACAGCAACAAUCACUACAAUCACUACAACAACAACAACAUCAAGGACACACGCAGUGGCAGUCUCAAGAUGGAUGGUCAUUGUGGUGGAGAAAUAAAAGGACGUUUUCAUGUUCCGAGUUCUGCCAUGUCCAUGCCCUCCUUGGCCAUAAGUGAGAGCAAUGGGUCAAAUGAUGUGCCAAAGACCAAGGGAGAAACUAAUGAGUCACAUUCUGGGAGAAGCAGUCAAAAGAAUAGUCAAAUCUCAAAGAAUCACAAUUCAACUGCUAGCAAAAAAAGUAUCAGUCAGGGGAGUUUGAUUUGGUCAACAGACACUGAAGGGAAGGAUGACAAAAAGAAGCAAAGUUUUAGUGGUGGCACCAGGAGGACCGAGGGAAGAAGAAAUCGCAGAAAUACAAAAAGUGUGGAAGAACUUCACAGAAAAGAUGAUUCCCUGGAGAAACAAGCUGGUGAACAGUUGAAAAGUGGACCUGAGAAGAACCCAAAACAGGGAGUUGUGAACAGUGAAGAUGAUAAGAGUGAUGAUUGUGUUGGUGUGAGAGUUGGUGAAACUGUUGUUGAGCCAAAAGUUGAAGAUGUUAAGGCAGUUACAGAUAAUGAGUUAAUGGCAUCACAGAAAAGAAAUAAAAGUAAACUAUCUGAGAAGUUACCCGAAACAAAUGGAGCUCUCGUUAGUCAUUUGUGUGACCCGUCCAUACCCGAAACCUCCGAGACAAGUGACGGCGACGAUGAUGAAGGAAAGGUGACUCGGGUCAAUCUAGCAGCUGGAAAUUCGGAAGUGGUAGUUGUAGAACCUGACCUUCUGCAGGCAGAACAAGAAAGCAGGAAUUAUGAUAGCGAUAGUCAGAUGGAUGAGGAGGAAAUGCGCUGGAAUGCUGCUGCUCUUGAGUCUGCUGUUCAGGAGGAGCAGCGCCUCAAACAGCAAAUAGAAGAGACAGAAAAGGCUGAGAUAAAGAUGGAUGAUGAUGACUGCGAGGAGGAUGGAGGUGACUCAUUUGAAGCGGCGGGCAGGGCAACCUCACCCCUUACACCACCUUAUGACAGCCUCUUGUCAACGCUCAGCUGGGCAGAUCAGGUUGAUGCAAUGGAGUCAUUAGAGGAACUGCGCCAUCCUGGCCGUGUUCUACACAUCCAUGAGAAGCUGUCGUCUCCGUCAAGAAAACGGUCAUUGUCAGAGAAGAUGAGGCGCCAUGAGGAGAGACUGGCCAAGGCCCAGGAACUUCGUGGAAAUCUUAUACAAGCUAAAACUGAUAAACUAAAGGAUUUGUUUAAAAAGAUUGAGGAGGUACGACAGGAUAAAGAAUGUCUUUUGGACAAGAAGAGAGAGUUGUUUCAGCGGAAGAUGGAGCGAGCAGAGGAAAAACGGAAGCAGUUCCUUCAGGAAAUAGUAAACAAAGCCCAUGAUGAAGAAAACAAGGCCAAAGAAAUAGCAUUUAUUAAUGGCUUAGAAGCCCAGAACAAGUUGCAUGAUAUUAUGCAACAACAUCAGAGCCAUGAGUCACGCCUGGCAGACAUGGCCGAGGAACGGACACGUAGACAAGAAGAAAAGGCUGCUAAAGAAGUUGCAGCUCAAGAGAGACGCAAGGUGCUUGAGGCAGAGAGACAGGCUCGAAUGGCAGAGCUGUGUGAGAAACGGCGUCGGCGUUGUGAACGUAUUGAUCGGCAGCAGGCAGAACGACGUGAAGAACUGUUGGAGCAGGCCAGAGAGAAGGCCCGAGACCGCGAAGAGAGACUGUCGGCUUUGCAGCAGGCACAACAAGCUAAAGAGUCAGAACUGGUGAAGAAGAUUCAACAAAAACAAGAGGAAUCCGCUCGCCGCCACGAAGAGAACAUCGAACAAAUUAGACAGCGAGCCCUCGAGUCCUCCAUUAUGAAGUAUUCAAGAGGGUGUGACGAUGCCCCGAGACUUAUCAGAUAUGAGACUAAGAAACUAUGUACUCUGUGUAACUCCCUGAUUACCAGUGAAGUGUACCUGCUGAGUCAUCUACGAGGACGCCGCCACCAGGAGGCCCUGAAGGCACUCCACCAGGCAGACAUUUUAUCCACUGAAGAUAGUGAAACAUAUAACCUCAAGCACAUUAUUGAUGCUCCUGCUAAUAUUGAUGAUCCACAGGUCACGAGAGACAAAGAACGACAUAAAGCUUUAAGAAAAAGAUGCAGAAAGAUCAGGACUCGGAUGAUCACACGGGGUAAAGAAUACAACAGUGCCUUCAAGCCAGUACCUCUAAGGGAUUCACCCAGCAAAGUCCGCAUCAUCAAGGCUCUUCAACAGAUAGCUAAGCUUGUGGCUAACCAGGGAUCUGGCCCCUGGCCUAGUGCUGACCUCACAGCUUUAGAUAGACCAUUAUUGGAAUUAACAAGAAUCAUGGAAAGAAAAGAGACUGCAGAUCAAAUGAUGUUUAGUGCACAGGAUGGAUUUACAAAGAUUGAUUCGGUUUUAAAAGUAAUUCUAGAUGCGACUGAACAGAGACCGUGUGUGUUACCAGCAAAGUCUCUUGGUUACAGUGGUCGCGUCCUCCUGGGAGCAUGUAGGAGAAAUACAGAUAACUGCCGGCAUGUACUCUAUUCCAACUUGACAGGUACCUUGAUAGACUACCUGAUGCAACGUCUCAAUGAACUGGUGAUUGAAACAUCAAGAGUGGGCAGCAAUAACAGUAUAAACACCAUUGUUAAUCUUCCAGCUGAUUCGGCUUCAGCAUCGAUAUUUGAGGUUUUAGCUGAGGUUGUUCAUGUAUUAUGUGUUGGAGACAUACAGCCAGCUGUUUCCUCACAUGACCAAACAAUUAAAGACAGGGCAGAUUCCACAUGGCAGAGGGUUCAGGAUGUGGUGAGCUACUGUGUCAGUGUUGGUUUGGCAGACAAGGUAUCCUGGUAUUUUAGCCACGUGCAGGGACCGCUGGACAACGAUGCUGGUGUUGUGGAGGUCAUUCUGGCAGCUAUGAGGCUUGUCUCUGCACUGGCCAAGACACUUGCCAUGAGAUCAUUACCAGAAGAUCCUACACAGUUGAUUGGUACUUUACACGUGACUGAUGCUUGUGGGGUAGUUAGCCUCCUAUAUGGUAUCCUCCUGCAUCAGGGGGGCAGGACAGCUAUGCCUCAAGCACCACCAAAGCUCUCUCACACUACACAAGCUCUUACUGUUGCCGCCACUACAUUGUUGCAUAACCUCGCCUCCCUCAACCUCGCCAUGUUUCAGGGUGUACUGGGGAGUGAAGGCAUUUCUCUCGAGUUGCGCCACAUUGCCAGUUACCUCCUGUGGUACUGUUCACACUGGCCUUGUGAGGAUAUCCUGCACAACAUUAUACCCCUUGUAGGCUUCUUUGCUGUUAACAAUAAAGAAAAUCAGAUGGUGAUACAGAGUGGAGAAGUGCCAAGUGUACUGCAGCAGCUGUGUAACCUGCCCUGGCAGUACUUCAGUGAGCCGAGCCUAACAGCCGUGCUCUUCCCGACUCUCCUAGCCUGCUGCCUUCAUAAUCAUGAUAAUAUGAUUAUUCUUCAACAGGAGAUGAGCUUCCAAGUUCUUGAGGACUUCCUUCACAAUAAUCAAUCUUCAGACAAGCCCCUCAUCCACAUUCUUCAGAGAACUCAUGUUCAGGGUUGAGAUAAGAUGCCAACUCACUGUAUCUGAUUUUAUUUUUUCUCACACCAUCUACCUUCUCAUCUGUCAGAGAUGUGAUUUGGGCCUUAAUUGCUUCAUUUCUCCUCCUCGUCAUUGUUUAAUGCCGUGUCUUCUUGUCACUGCUGUUUGAUGCUGUGUGUUGAUUGUCACAGUUUUUACGUAUUACUGUACUUUAUGUAUCACAGUGAACUGUAAUAGAAUCUCAGAAUAUUGUGUUUGUAUUAUGUGACGCAUUAUGUAUUUCUUGUAAGUUUAUAUGCAAUAUUUACAAAUUAUUCUUUUGUGCUAAUAACAUAGAGGAUGCUGAUCAUGGCCUUGAGCAGUAAGAUUUAAAUGGAAAAUAUUAUUUGAUAUACAGAAUGUACGGUAGCUUGAUUAUUUACUCUUAAUGAGAGAAAAUAUCUGUCAUUGCAAGAGGAUUUUUAACUGACUAAACAAUGUUGGAAUGUAAGACACUUCUCUAUUAGGCUUUUAAUCUUUUAACCUUUUCACUACCACACUACGUGCCACUCCCACCAAGUGAGCAUUAGCCUGCAACGACUUAAUACUAAAUAAGGAUGCACUCUUAAAUUUCACUGUCCUAACCAGUGAACCAAUUUUGUUAAUUUUUGUGCUGUUACAAAGAUGAACAAGGGGGCUCCCAAGUGCAACGUGCUCUGCUAUUAUAAGAUCUACUAUAAGAAACUUAGAUCCAAAAAUAUCAUUUGUCUUCCUCUCGCACUUGAUUUAGUGGCAUCACCUGCUUGCCCACCAUUGUUGAUGAUCUGUCUAUAACCAAAACAUAUUUUGGAUGAUUCAAGUUCUUGUUUACAAUCUAUGGAGUUAAAAAACCCAGCAGGUCUUGACUUUUGACCCCUAACUUAUAUAACUAUUGCUAAAUUAGGCGUAUGUUUAUCCAAGCCAUAAAAGUCGUUCCUAAAUUAGCCAACCCUUCCUAACCACAGCCCCAAAAAGGCAUAUUGUGAUGCAUUGGUUACCUGAAGGUUUAAGGGUAAGGAGUUUUGCCAUUGUGCCACCAGAAAUGGUUUGUGAACUUAAAUUUUCAAUUAUGAGCUACUGGACAGUUUCUCACCCGUCUCAGUUUCUGGUGAACUAUACAGUAAGUGCUGCCCUGUUACAUAUUUGUUCUUGCUCAUAUUUAUGCUCAGGCCACAGUGUAUUGAGGUACUGGCAUAGUUAUUGUUUUGACUUUUUACUGGCAUUGUAAGUACAGUAUUUAUAAUAGCUAAUGGCUCGGUUUGGGGAUUUUAUGGCUUGGUAGCACAAACCAGCACUAAUCUCGGCAAUAUGCCUUUAUAUACAGGUCUCACAUUGGGUUAUAGCCAUACGUAUAAUUGGCUUUUGGCCUUUCGACAAAAAAGACUGUGUAUAUGAUUGGGUGACCAUGCCCCAUCACCUUUCUUUCCCCAUCUUCCUGAAUUCUUAGUAGGCUUGGAGAGAAUGUUGUUGGUACUAGGAAAUGAUGAUGUGAUGGUGCCUUUAAUGUCUGAAGGUAAACAGCUAGAAAUUCCUCCAGUUUUGUAAAUUUUCAGCAAAAUUUGAAAUAGCACAGAGGUGUAGUGCUAUUGCUUCUCAGACUAAGUUUAAUUGUUUUUCCAUUAAAUUUUUACAUUUAAAAACUGUUGACCUCAUAAGAAGGCCUGCGUCCAUGCUAGACUUGUCCCUCACUUCCAUAUAAAAUUUAACUUUGCUUGGGAUGCUAACCAAGUACAGAACUUAAUGCCAUAAUUGAGUCACUAAGGAAAUAUGUGGUAAUAAAAGGGUUAAAUUUUUAUAACUAUUUCUGCUUUAAAGAUGAAAGUGUUUGAUUUUUUUUACAUUGGUUUAAGAGAGCAUUUUUUAGUUCUCUUUUCAAAUAUAGUUAUAAUGAAAUUUAUUUCUUCACUUAGAUUUGAUUUUGAUGACCUUUGGGUUUUCAGUAUGAUACAUUGCUAAAGAUCCACUUGUGACAGUCUUAACACAAUUAUGACGUGCUACAGAGGAGAACUUCACUCCAUAUUAUUUAGUAUUAAUCAAAGCAGCUCCGUGUACAGCAAAACCAAUUACUCACUCGUGGUUUUGGUUUGUCAUUGCUUCAAAAAACUUCUGGAUUAAAAAAAAAACAUGUUUGUGGUAUAAUAUAAUCGCUGUGUGACUUCACUCAGGAUUUUUAUAACUAUUAAGUGCCAUGUAAUGCUGAUCUUAAUUACUACAUUAUGAACUCCAUGAGGAUGAUAGCCAUAAGAGAUUACUUUCUGGUAUAUUAAGAAGGUAUAAUUUCAAUAUUUACUCACAAUAUAUAGUGCAUUAAAAUUAUGGUGAGUAUCUGAAGCUUAGAAAAGCUUUUUAAAGGAUUCGACACUUCGAUUACACGGGUUGAUUCACUGUAGAGAUAUUGCAAAAUUAUCCUCUACGUAUGGACACGUAAAUGCUCUCACAAACACACUUUUAUAAGCACGCACACAAACACACUUAUAAGCACACAAGCAAGUACACACACAAACACAUGGCUUAAAACUUUCUGGAUAAGUUGUGCACAUGUUUAAAAAAGAGAGAAGAAUGUUGUACAGUGUAAGACAAGACUGGUGUUUAUGUUUGAGAGGAGUAAUAUGGAGUAGGAGUGGUAUAGUGGUGCUUGGCGGUGUGUGACAUAGGGAUAUUGUGUGAUGUGUGGUAACUCUGUACCUGUUGAUUUUUGUCUUGCAGCUUGUUUGUGGAAGGUAGCUCAGCUUUACAGAACAUAUAAAGAUUACCUUGCAUUCCUUUGAGCUAACAGACAUACUGUACUGUCAUAGAAAUAGCCUAAAACAAGAUAAGUGUUUGUUAUUAGAUAAAUUCGUGAAUUAUUAAAAUAGUAAAUAUUCUCCUGGUCAGGGCAUUAAUGGGAGGUUAGACUGAUUUGGACCUGUUGACUAACUAGCAAUUCAAGAGGAAGUAUGUUACCUUACAACUGCAACCUAUGUAAUCUUUGAUUAGGUUCAUUGUAACCCUUUAAGAGCAGGGGUUUCUCUUGGCUGAAUAAAAUUGUCUGAUAUUACCCAGAAUAACAUACUGUACCUAAGGGCUAUAUUGUCCUCUUAAGGGCUAAAUCUCAAGCUCUUAAAAGUUGAAAUUAUUUUUUUUUUAAGUUGACCUAAUACUGUACCUUUAUUAAGACAUUUUAAAAGAAUACUGUAUAAUAUUUUUAUAAUUUCCUUUUAUGUAUUAAGUUUGCUAUGAAUUCUUAUUCAUGGCUGUCAUAGCUUUAAGGGGAAAUUAUUCUUGCUACCUCCAUGUUAAAAAUAACUUUACACAGUCCAAGCAGAGUGGCAGCACAGAGACUUUUGGUAGCUCAGAUUUUGAAUUUCUUUGAUUACUGUAUUGUGCAGUACAGUAUUACAUAUUACUGUAUUGGGCUUACAUUAUGUAACUGGAACCAAUAGGUCGACUGGUAAACUAGCCAGACAACCUGAUCUAUUUCUUUAAGCAGUAGUAAGUAACUAUCAUUUUUUUUUACAUUAUGCUUUUUCUCAUAAAUACAGAUCAAAGUAAAAAAAAAAAUGUGCUUUAAAGAAUUCUUAUCGUUACAAGUGUUGGGUAUCAGUUAACUUGUGAUAUGCUUAUGCCAGGUUAAUAGUUACCUGAUGCUGGCAUAAAUUUUGCAUGCUGGUUUUCGAAUUUUUAAAGUAAUUUUAAGGAUACAUCUAUUUACCAAAGGAUUUGUGCAUAAUACUAGCUGCUGCUUGGAGAAUGGGGUUAAGAGUUCUGAGAUUAAUAAAGGUAGCUCUAACGUAUAAGUAAUUUGGAUAAAGGAGGAAGGAUGUGAAUGAGGUUAGCUUCUGCAGUGGAGUAUUACAAUAAGAUGUUUAGGGGAGUGAAAGAAUGUGGCUCAUGCUGGUGAGUAAAUGUGGAAUUGUGGAUAGUUAAGGAGUGCAUCUAGGUGGCUUGAGGAGAUGAGUAACUUAGAAGAAGCUGAGAGUGAAUGAAGGAAUCUUUUAAUAAAAUAGAGACGAUUUAGAAUGAAAGUGUCGUGAGAUUGAGUUUAGCUGUGAGGAGGAGACCAGGGAGUGUAAACGGAGGGCAAAGAUACAAUAAUAAGGAUACCUGGGAAUAUACUGAUACAUGGAAUUAAUGCUUGUUACAGAUGAGUCAGAAUCUAGGAGCUGCUUUACACUUGUUUGUUUGUGAGGUUGCAUGGAGAGCAAGUGUAAGGAUCCUUGAUGUUUCCCAGUGUCCAUGAUACAAAAGGAAUCAUCUGUGACAUUUCCUUUUUAUAAUAGAACAUGUAAAGUACUUUAAAAUUUAUAUUCAGUACUGUACUACAUACACCUAGUAAGCAGGUGUAAGCAAACUUCAUGGGCGAUUCUCCUUAGCUAUGGACCGAAAACUACAUUACUGUAUUGUGUUGGUGUGUCCACUGUACUUCCUGUUAUGCUACAAGUAGUGCCUUCAUACCUUAGGAUAGAUUUGUACUUUUCUGUUGGUAUUUAAUGUUUUAGAAAUAGUGUUAAAAGAGAAAAAGAUCUUGUUACAUAUGGAAGAUGUGAAUAAUUUUAAUUUUCCACAACAUCUCCUUCAUGAAGUAAGUACUGUACUCUCCAUUCUGAUCAAGCAAAAACAAAUUGCAGCUUUAAGUUUUCUUAGGCUCGUUGUCCAAAUGGAAAGUUACUGUAUCACAACUAUUAAACUAAUUUGUGCUGUUUUUAUUACAAAGUCACAGUUAUUUUGUUUGUGAAUUAUAACUGAAUUAUUAGGUAGCUUCCUGUGACAUUAUUAUUGGGCACAAGACUUGUGUUUUUUUUUUGCACAGAAAUUCAACUGUAUUAUUGAGUUCAGAAAAAAAAUUGGACUCGUACAAGUACCAAAGAAUAACCAUAAAGUUUUAUAGUGUGAACUAAAAUAUUUCUCACCAGAAAUGAGGGAAAUAUGUUGUACUUUCAUACAGACACAGUGCACACAAUGAGUUGCACUGAAGUGAUCUCCACUCUGUCUAUUGAGCUUAAAUCUGAUGUAUUUCAUUAUUUUGUGUUUCACAGAUUUCAGAUAUUUCCCACACUUCAGGUAGGAUGCCUUAUGCACAAUAGUCAUCACUCGGUCUUCUCUACUUGCCUGUUGUUGAUGCAUAUGUACCGUGCCCCCACUUUACAUUUAGGCUCAAUAUUCAACCUAGAAUACAAUGAUUCAACCCUGUAGAAUGUAAAGGUUUCUGAAUAUCAAUGUUUCCUGUUUUUAUGAAUGAGCAGAUUUAGAUUCAACUCAUUCAUUCUAUCGAGUUUUAUCCUUUUGAUAUCUGUAUGUUGUGUGUCAUGAAGGUUGAACAGCCCCAUGCACUAGGACGGUAUCCCUUACAACAGUUCUCACAGUAUCAUAUAACUCUCCACAAUAUGAUGAUCCAUUAAUGUGUUCCAACCUCAUAUACCGGUAUGUGACUGAACUCCCUACAGUAUGAUAGGUUUACAGAAUUUGACAGACCUCCCACAAUAUCACUCAACUCCCCAAUAGGAUACAACUUCAUACAGUACAACAGAACUCUUCACAAUAAGAAAGGCCUUAGAACAGGAAUGGAUUUUUUUUUUUUUUUUUUUUUUUAACAUAUGUGAGAAACUGCUGCCACCUGCUUGUCCUCAGAACAAUAUGUUAGUAAAGAAUGUAGGUUUCCUGUAUAGAUAUCCUUGAGAGGAAAAUUAGGUGUUAAAUCGAGAAAUGAGGAUGUACAGAAGGCGUGGUGUGUGAGAACGUGAGAGACUAAUGGUGUUGAAGUAGGGGUAUCGGUGAGAAAAGAUAAAUGCUAAAAGAAAAGCUUAAAACAGCAAUUCAUUGUGGCUAACUUUUCACUUAUCUUGGCAUAAAUAAAUAUGGGAAUUAUAGCUAUACUGUACGCAAUAUUACUCAUUUUAAUUGAUGCUGUACAUUAAAACAAAUAUUAUCUCCUCAGCCCCACUGCUUCUGUGGUAGUUGUGCUUCCAUGGGAAAUGAAUGCCACCUAACCCAACCCAUAUACAGUAUCAUAUGCUUCAGCCCAACGACUGCACUGAAUAUUCCACGUAAAGCAAUUGUUAUGGGUUACACUGCUUUUGUUAACAAGCUUUUAUCACAUCUUUAACCUCAUUUCUUAUUGCAAAGUGAAAUCAGGCUACAGGUACAGUCAUGGAAAAAAACUCCUGUCAGUUCUCCCUCUCAUCCAUGAACCUGUGAAUCCGAGACAUCACACAUUGUUGGGCCCUUAGAUGGUGCACUGCGUGAUGUCUUGGAUUUACAGGUUCAAGAGUUCCAGGGUUCAUGGACGGCACUUUUGACCGUGACUGUACAUUCAUGCGACACCAACAUUGUGUUAAUAGAGUACUGUACCGUGAUUUUGAUUUGCUGUAAAGAAGACAUUAAGCGCGCUGUGAUUCCUGUUCGUAAUUUUCACUUGAUGGAGAUGUUAUAGCGGUAAGAGUGAAAAACGGGAGAGCGUGUGUUUGCUUUUGGUUUCGGCCAUCCUUCGAUAUAACCAGAAAGAGUGUGUGUGUGACAAGAAACCAUCACAGGCUUCCAGCAAUUUGCCUAAUGUUUUUUUUUUAUUUUUUAUUUUUGUACAGCCUUUAAAUGGUCAGAUGAAUAUAUGUACAAUGCAAGUUCUGUAAUGCUGCUUGUAUUAUGUGUGUUCGAUCUCUCCCGUCUAAAACUCGUAUACGUAUACUUGUAUGUGACUGUACUUUUGAAUUCAUAGACUCAUUUUAUCUUUUGUAUUCCAUUUAUAACAGCAGUUGAUAUCCAUUGUAAUCCAGCUGUUUCUAUUUUAUUUUCUUCCUAACUUGCUCUGUGCACAGGAAAACAAUAAUUAACCACGGUAAAGCAUUAUUGUCCAGUCAUAGUCAUAAAUUGAAGUCAAGAUUAUUAUCCUACCCUACUUGAUUAUCUGGUAAUUUUUUAUAAAAGUUUUGAUAUGCAUAUUAGUUUUCUGUGAGAUAUUUUUUUUUUAUUUAUUGUCAUUGGUAUCUUGACCUAACAGUUACAUAUACCCUUAAGGACUUACAACAUUUUAUAUCCGUUUCUGAUAGCUUGAACUGUUGAUGACUGGACUUUUUUUUCUUUGUCUCUCUAACAGCUAGAUCUCUUAAGUGUCAGAACAUUUUUCAUUGGCAUGAUUAGUGGAUUACUGUAAUAUCUUGGUACUGAAAUAAUGUUGUGACCCCAUUACCAUAAGUCAAAAGUCAGGGGCCUUUUGUCUAAUUUUCCGUGUGCUUCCUAUAUUGUCAAGGAUGGGCCUUUUACAGUAAUCCUUUGUUUUAUUUUAUCAUCAUAUACACUACAGUACCAUCACUAUAACCAACAAACCUUAUGCUACUGCUGCUGUAAUUGGAUUUGAAACACAUAGCCACUGCAGGUCAUUAAUAUUUAUGUAGAUCUGUAAUGUAUAUCUUGUUUAUUAUGGCUCACCUUAUAUAACCAUUGUGAAUCUUAUACAUGUAUUUACAGCUGCAGGGUUUUCACAAACUUGGUUUGAAACUGCAGGAUAUUAAGUCUUUGAAGAGGUCAUGGUGGUCACUCCAAAGAAGUGCUUUGAGUGUUUAGCACUUAAACAUCAUGUGAUGUUUUAUGUUGCAUCAUAUGAUGACAAGAUUUUCAAGCCAGUGUUUUAAUACUGUAUUAUGCAUCAAAAUUAGCAUUUAUACAGCAUGUCACGUGUCCCAGUAGACCUCAUGCUACCCACACCUCAGUAGAGCUCAGUUGUCUUUCAGUCAAUGUGGAAAAUACACGUUUGUUGCUGUUAGUGGCAGUCUGUCCACCACCCCCACCUCCAAGAUCCCCUGUUGCUCGGCCCUCAACACGCUCACAUAAACACUCAACUGUGACAAAAAAAAGUACUAGGCAGAUAAAGAAUUAAUUUUUUUCAUUUUCAAUACUACUGCUUGCAUUUUUUAAUUUAGUAAGAAUAUAACCCCCAGCACACAGUGGUAGCCAGGUUAUUCUAUAGUUGCAAUUUAAGGUUAGGAAAUAAAAAGCCAUGGAAAGGUAUUAGUCCAUUGAGUAAAGGUAUUUAGUCCAUUGAGUUGGUCCAAGAUAAGUCGUUAUGUUGUGGCUAAGGUAAUUCUGCAACGCCCAAAUGUGAUGUCUCAAAACUCCUCCGAAUCACUUUAUUUUCUAAACGUUUUUCUGAUUUCCAAUACAGUAUUUAUUUUAUUUAUUUUUUAUCCCCUCAUCCCCCUCUUAUACCCUGUACCUCAUUCCCAACUCUUUCGUUACUUUCAUAUUAUUAUUGGUAGUUGUUAUCUCCAGAUCUCCUCCUUUACUGAUUACUUUUUCUUUUUUUCUUUGUUAGUCAUAAUGCCUUUCCUAACUGACACACUGACAGAAUUUCUUAACAUUAUUACUGUAGUACUUCAUUAACUUUCAACCAUUUCAUAUCGAGAUUAUUUAUUAUUCAUUUGAGAUCUUCAGUCCACUGUGCUGUAAUUCUCAAGGCAUGUGUUUUGGGCUAGAAUUAGGGAUACUGCGCAGGAAAAAUUUGUAAGCUGCCGUCGAAAAUUUUAAUGCUAUUUAAUUUAAUGAAUAUACAGUAUACCUUAGGGAUUAAUACACUACGUAUCAUUAUCACCAUUUAUGCUCACAGAUACAUGAUAUUGGAUUCGAUUAUAUAUUGGAUGUAAAUUACGUUUGACCUCAUUUGACGCUGAUAUCAAAAAAUGAAUGACAGUUGGGAACAGCAUGAGCUAAUUUAGAUGAUGACUUGUGUAUGACUUUCCUUUUUUUAAAUCAUAUCAGUGUUUAUUUCCCCUGUUCUUCAGAUUCAAAUUGAGGUUAUACAUUCAUAAUUAUCUCCCUAACACACAUUGGUUCUUGCAGUAAUCAUAACUUGUACAUUCCAUGCUAUUGCUUUCGAACUUAUCGUACCAUUAAGUUAAAGAAUGAUUAUAUAUGCAAUUGUUUAUGUGUAGUAGUUUUUAUAGGAUGUAUAUACCCUGUAUGUAUGUAUGUACUGUGUCUUAUGAUAAAAUGCUCAUAAUGA